CGCAAAGCCAGUAGGAAGAGCUCCGAAUUUCCCUCUCAGGCCAAUAAAUUCACCAUGCAUUUCUCCUAUAACACUACAGUUGAAGGAAGUUUUCAGGGCAGCUCCUGGGCACCUCCUCCGCGUACAGGAGGUCCCAAUUGGCUCUAUCCAAAACACAGAGCUAUAAUUUUGAUUGACACUGUUCGAUCUUCGGGUAGUUAUGGCGGUUCUGACUCGUGGGUUUUGUGUUUUGGUCCUUGUUUCCUGCUUGCUGGUUACAUCUGCUGUUGGCCAACGCAAGAGCAAGAACCAGAGAAGCGUGACUUACGACGGGCGGUCUUUGAUCGUCAAUGGCGGCAGGGAGCUUCUCUUCUCCGGUUCUAUUCAUUAUCCCCGUUCCCCUCCUGAGAUGUGGCCAGACCUUAUAAUAAAGGCAAAGGAGGGAGGUUUGAAUGUCAUCCAGACUUAUGUUUUCUGGAACAUCCAUGAGCCCGUUCAAGGCCAGUACAAUUUUGAGGGGAAUUACGACUUGGUGAAAUUCAUCAAAUUGAUUGGCGAGCAAGGCUUGUAUGCAUCUCUCAGGGUCGGUCCCUUCAUUGCAGCUGAGUGGAAUCAAGGAGGAUUUCCAUACUGGCUGAGAGAGGUCCCGAAUAUCACAUUCCGUUCUUACAAUGAACCAUUCAUGUUUCACAUGCAAAAGUUUACCACUAUGAUCGUCGACAUGCUGAGGAAAGAGAAACUGUUUGCUCCUCAAGGAGGACCAAUCAUUUUGUCCCAGAUUGAAAACGAGUACAAUAGUAUCCAAUUGGCAUACAGGGACAUGGGUGUUAAAUACGUUCACUGGGCAGCAAAUAUGGCUGUGGGUCUCCAAACAGGAGUCCCGUGGGUCAUGUGCAAGCAAAUGGAUGCCCCUGAUCCAGUGAUCAAUACAUGCAAUGGGAGGCAUUGCGGAGAUACUUUCCCUGGCCCCAAUAGUCCCAAUAAGCCUUCUCUGUGGACUGAGAACUGGACUGCUCAGUACAGAGUGUUUGGAGACCCACCAUCACAGAGAGCAGCUGAAGAUAUUGCAUAUUCAGUUGCUCGUUUCUUCUCGAAGAACGGAACGUUCACAAAUUAUUACAUGUACUAUGGUGGGACAAAUUACGGCAGAACAGGUUCAUCUUUUGUGACAACUCGGUACUACGAUGAAGCUCCUAUCGAUGAAUUUGGUCUGAGGAGGGAACCUAAAUUUGGUCAUCUAAGGGACUUGCAUAGGGCUUUAAGAUUGUCCAAGAAGGCUUUGCUUUGGGGGGUUCCGACUGUCCAAAGAAUUAGUAACGAUCUAGAAAUUCGAGUUUAUGAGAAGCCUGGAACUGACAUUUGCGCUGCUUUCUUGACCAACAACCAUACAAAGAUACCCGCAACAAUCAAUUUCAGGGGUCAGGAUUAUUUUCUACCACGACGAUCCAUUAGCAUCCUCCCAGAUUGCAAGACUCUGGUUUUCAACACUCAAACGAUGGUUGCACAACAUAAUGCCAGAAAUUUCCAUCCAUCAAAGAAGGCAGGGAAACUGAAAUGGGUGGUUUUCCAAGAAAGUAUUCCAAACAUAAACGAAUUACCACUUCAAAACAAGAUUCCAUUGGAGCUUUAUAGUCUCACUAAAGAUACCUCAGACUAUGCAUGGUACAGCACCAGCAUAACUUUUGACCGCCUUGACUUACCUAUGCGUUCUGAUAUUCUGCCAGUCCUCCAGAUUGCAAAUCUUGGCCAUGCAAUGGUUGCAUUUGUAAAUGGAGAAUACAUAGGAUUUGGACAUGGAAGCAACAUAGAGAAGAGCUUCGUCUUCCAAAAGCCCAUAAAUUUGAAGCCUGGAGUUAAUCACAUCUCACUUUUAAGCAUGACAGUGGGACUCCCGAAUAGCGGAGCCAAUAUGGAGAAGAGGUUUGCUGGACCACGUGCCAUUACAAUCCAAGGUUUGAAUGCUGGGACCCUUGAUGUCACCCUCAACAACUGGGGGCAUGAGGUUGGUGUCAAGGGAGAAAAACUCGAGCUACAUACGGAGGAAGGUUCACAGAAGGUAAAAUGGAGUCCGGCUGGAGGAGCAGGACCACCCCUUACAUGGUAUAAGACAUAUUUCGAUGUUCCUGAAGGCCAAAAUCCUGUCGCUGUCCGGCUGACUACCAUGGGCAAAGGAAUGGCUUGGGUUAACGGCAAAAGCAUUGGCCGUUACUGGGUCAAUUACCUCUCACCUCUUGGGCAGCCUUCUCAGUCCGAGUACCAUAUUCCAAGAUCCUUCUUGAAGCCAGGAAAGAACCUGAUGGUUCUCUUUGAGGAAACCGGAGGAAACCCACAAGGAAUUGAAGUCCUACUUGUUAACAGAGACACCAUUUGCAGCUUCAUAUCUGAGGCUCAUCCACCUAGUGUUAAGACUUGGCAAAAAGAAGGAGGUCAGAUGACUGUCGUAGAAGAUGUGAAAUCAGGAGCUCACUUGACUUGUCCCGACGACAAAGUGAUCAAGAGCGUGGACUUCGCAAGCUUUGGAGAUCCUUCUGGUUCAUGUGGAAACUUUGCUGAGGGAAAAUGCACUUCUCCGAACAGCGAGAAAGUUGUUGCGAAGUAUUGCUUGGGAAAGAAUAGCUGUUCAAUUCCACUAGAAAGAGAGAUAUUCGAUGACAAGAGCCAUGAUGGGUGCCCAGACAUCUUAAAAGUACUAGCUGUUCAAGCAAGGUGCGGUCGGAACAAGUCCAAGUCAGAUUAGAUAAAA